CCUCAUGUUCUGCACGUCGGCGCCUUUCGUUUCUGCUUGACCCGUUAGAUCGCCCUGCAAUACUAGAUUCUCUCCAAAAUGGCGUCCCGGCCGGAGUUGAAGGAAGACGACGAGUCGAGUUUCUGUAAAUUCUUCCGCAAUUUGCCCCACAGCGAUGAUACUGUACGAAUAUUCGACCGUGGGGAUUACUACAGCGCACAUGGAGAGGAUGCCAAGUUUAUUGCUGCUUCGGUUUAUCACACAACGGCUGUCAUCCGCAAGCUAGGCCGAGAACCGGGCCUGGAAUCCGUUACGAUGACGACGAUGGUGUUCCGUAAUUUCCUUCGAGAAGCUCUGUUUAGACUGGGCAAGCGGGUGGAGAUCUGGCAGUCGUCUGGGCGCAUGGCUUGGAAGGUCGCGAAGCAGGCCUCGCCGGGGAACCUCCAAGAUAUCGAAGACGAGCUCGGCGGACGGAUUGAGAAUGCGCCCAUAAUACUGGCCGUCAAAGUGUCGGCAAAGGCGUCGGAAGCCCGCAAUGUUGGCGUCUGCUUCGCGGAUGCGAGCGUGCGGGAAUUGGGUGUCACCGAGUUCCUCGACAACGACCUCUACUCCAACUUUGAGUCGCUCCUCAUCCAGCUGGGCGUGAAGGAAUGUCUUAUACAAGCGGAUGGUGCGAAGAAGGAUGUGGAACUCAACAAACUUCGGACGAUUGCGGACAACUGCGGGUGCGCCGUGGCAGAGCGAGGAAUUGCAGAUUUCGGCACAAAGGAUAUCGAGCAGGAUCUUCCGCGGUUGCUAAAGGAUGAGCGAGCUGCUGGCACUCUUCCUUUGACAGACCUGAAGCUUGCCAUGGGAGCUGCCGCAGCUUUGAUCAAGUACCUAGGCGUCAUGUCGGACUCUUCCAACUUCGGACAGUACCAGCUCUACCAGCACGAUCUUUCGCAGUACAUGAAGCUGGACGCAGCAGCACUGAAGGCGCUCAACCUUAUGCCAGGACCCCGAGAUGGUGCGAAGACGAUGAGUUUGUAUGGCCUUCUCAACCACUGCAAGACGCCUACCGGAAGCCGCCUGCUCGCCCAAUGGCUGAAGCAGCCGUUGAUGAACGUGUCGGAUAUCGAGCGGCGGCAGCAGCUGGUGGAGGCUUUUGUCAACGACACCGAACUACGCCAGACGAUGCAAGAAGAACACCUGCGCGCCAUACCGGAUCUUUACCGGCUGGCCAAGAAGUUCCAACGUAAAGUCGCUAACUUAGAGGAUGUGGUGCGAACAUACCAGGUAAUCAUCCGGCUACCGGGUUUUCUGGGCGCUCUCGAGUCGGUCAUGGACGAGCAAUACAAGGACCCGCUAGACGCCGAAUACACUACGAAAUUACGGGAGUACUCUGAUUCCUUUGCGAAGCUUCAGGAGAUGGUCGAGACUACGGUCGACUUGGAAGCACUUGAUAACCACGAAUUCAUUAUCAAGCCCGAGUUUGACGAGUCGCUGCGCACUAUCCGCAAGCGGCUUGACAAGCUGAAACGGGAUAUGGAAUCCGAGCACUACUGGGUGGGUCGCGACCUCAACCAGGAAACCGAGAAGAAGCUCUUCCUAGAGAACCACCGCGUACAUGGGUGGUGUUUCAGGUUGACCCGGAACGAAGCAGGCUGCAUCCGGGGCAAGAAGGAGUACCAGGAGUGCUCAACUCAGAAGAACGGCGUUUACUUCACAACUUCAUCCCUGCAGGCCAUGCGGCGGGAGUUUGACCAGCUAUCAGAGAACUACAACCGCACACAGUCCGGCCUCGUCAACGAGGUCGUAGCAGUCGCUUCCUCUUACAUACCUGUUAUUGAGAAACUGGCCGCGGUCCUUGCCCAUCUCGAUGUUAUUGUCGCAUUCGCGCACGUCUCUGUCCAUGCUCCUACUUCGUAUACGCGACCAAAAAUGCACCCGCGCGGAACCGGAGACACCAUCCUGAAGGAAGCCAGGCAUCCCUGCAUGGAGAUGCAGGACGACAUCUCCUUCAUCACCAACGAUGUCAGUCUCGUCCGCGGCUCGAGCGAGUUCCUCAUCAUUACAGGUCCGAACAUGGGCGGAAAAUCAACGUAUAUUCGACAGAUCGGUGUCAUCGCUCUCAUGGCCCAAAUAGGUUGCUUUGUACCUGCCUCAGAAGCAGAGCUGACCGUCUUCGACUGCAUUCUCGCUAGGGUGGGAGCGAGUGACAGCCAGAUCAAGGGCGUGUCAACAUUCAUGGCGGAAAUGCUGGAGACUGCCAAUAUCUUAAAGUCCGCCACAAAAGAAUCUCUCAUCAUAAUCGACGAACUCGGUCGCGGAACAAGCACGUAUGACGGAUUUGGUCUUGCGUGGGCUAUUUCCGAGCACAUCGUCAAGGAGAUCGGCGCCUUCGCACUCUUCGCAACGCAUUUCCACGAACUCACCGCGUUAGCCGACACCUAUCCGCAAGUAGAGAAUCUGCACGUCGUUGCGCACAUAUCGGAGGGCACUACGGACUCUUCUGAUGGCAUCCAGAAGAAACGCGAAGUCACCUUACUCUACAAAGUCGAGCCCGGCGUCUGCGAUCAAUCCUUCGGCAUCCACGUUGCGGAGCUCGUUCGCUUCCCGCAGAAGGUCAUUAAUAUGGCGAAGCGGAAGGCUGAUGAGCUAGAAGACUUCUCUGGCAAGCACGAGGACGGCUUUGUGCAGGCGAGCAAAGAAGAAGUUGAAGAGGGCAGCAAGUUGUUGAAGGAGAUGCUGGCGAAGUGGAAGGAAGAGGUGGAGAGCCAGGGGCUGACGAAGAAGCAGCAGGUGGAGAGGAUGAAGGAGCUCGUUAAGGAGAAUGCGGCCUUGAGGAAGAAUGGGUUCUUCAAGGGCAUACAGGCGCUAUGAAUUUCUAUGGGAUAGGCGGAUCUGGCUAUAUGAUACGGUAAUCUAUAUCGGAUACAGGAGUACGAUACCAAAGUAAUUCAGAGGAUGGUUGCACAGCC